CCCUCUCUCCUCGCCCGCUGGGUGCUGAAGUUGGGCGGAUGGCAGCGAACCGGCUCCGCUAGAGGACCGAGCAGCCCAGCCUCGCGCCCCCGGACCCCUCGGUGCGCUGCCCACACCUCCAGGCGACGGGCCAGUUGGGUACGAAAGUAGCUGAAAUGCGAAAAAGACAGCAGUCACAAAAUGAAGGAACACCUGCUGUGUCCCAAGCGCCUGGAAACCAGAGGCCCAACAACACGUGUUGCUUCUGCUGGUGCUGUUGCUGCAGCUGCUCCUGCCUCACUGUUAGGAAUGAAGAAAGAGGGGAAAAUGCAGGAAGACCCACACAUACCACAAAAAUGGAGAGUAUCCAAGUCCUAGAGGAAUGUCAAAAUCCUACUUCAGAUGAAGUCUUGUCCUGGUCUCAAAAUUUUGACAAGAUGAUGAAGGCCCCAGCAGGAAGAAACCUUUUCAGAGAGUUUCUCCGAACAGAAUACAGUGAAGAGAACCUACUUUUCUGGCUUGCUUGUGAAGACUUAAAGAAAGAGCAGAACAAAAAAGUCAUUGAAGAAAAGGCCAGAAUGAUCUAUGAAGAUUACAUUUCUAUACUAUCACCAAAAGAGGUGAGUCUCGAUUCUCGAGUUAGAGAGGUGAUCAAUAGAAAUCUGUUGGAUCCUAAUCCUCACAUGUAUGAAGAUGCCCAACUUCAGAUAUAUACCUUAAUGCACAGAGAUUCUUUCCCAAGGUUUUUGAACUCUCAAAUUUAUAAGUCCUUUGUUGAAAGUACUGCCAGCUCUACUUCUGAAUCUUAAUUUUC